AUGAAGCUCUCCACACCCCUCGUUCUGGCCAUAGCGGCAUCAUCGGCAACUGCUCAUACCAUAUUUCUUUCUCUGAACAACGGCGCAGUGGGUGAUGGCGUUCGCGUUCCGUCUUACGAUGGUCCCAUCACGGACGUGACUUCAAAUGACGUUGUCUGUAAUGGCGGACCCAACCCUACAGCCAAAACCAAUACCGUCAUCACUGUUCAGGCUGGCUCUUCCGCGACUCUCACUUGGCGUCACACCUUGACCUCUGGACCAAGCGAUGUCAUUGAUUCCAGCCACAAGGGUCCCGUCAUGGCAUACCUGAAGAAGGUCACGGAUGCAAAGACAGACACUGGUGUCGGAAACGGAUGGUUCAAGAUCGCCGAAGAUGCCUUCGACGGCACAAAGUGGGGCGUUGACCGCCUAAUUGCCAAUCAGGGCAAGCAAACCAUCACAAUUCCGGCCUGCAUUGCACCAGGGCAAUAUCUACUCCGCGGUGAGCUGAUUGCACUGCAUUCUGCGGGUAGUUACCCGGGUGCGCAGUUUUACAUGGAAUGCGCACAAAUUAACAUCAUCGCCGGCAGUGCGAGCAAGACACCAGCUACCGUCAGCCUUCCCGGCGCAUACAAGGGAUCAGACCCCGGAAUCACAUACAACCUGUACAGUGGACAGAAGACAUACACUGCACCUGGGCCGGCGGUCUUCAAGUGCUAG